CAGUCAUUCAAACGAGUUGCAAUUCAACAUGGCUUCGCUUGGCCAGAUUAGUACUCUGCUCGUCGUUUUUGUCCUAAUUGGUUGCACCGUGGCCGCCGAAUCGAACCAUAACCAACUCUACCGUGGUUACAAGCUCUUCUCCGUUCGCCAGGCGAACCAGUGGUCGGUGGAUCACCUCCGACAGCUGCAGCGCACGAAUGCCGAACUAGACUUCUGGAAGCUCGAUCGGCUUGCCGGCUCCGAGGCGCACGUUCUCGUGCCGCCGUCUCAGCAGAAGGCCUUCAUCGCAGAUCUGCUAGUGAACCGUAUUCAGUUCCGCGAAAUCAUUCCCGACUAUGGAAGGAUCCAGAACAAUUUUAGCUUCGGUUCGUCGCGAUCAUCGUCAGGCAAGAGCCCGAUCCUUACAAAGUACUUGCGCCAUGAGGAAAUGAAUGAAUACCUGGUUUCCUUCGCGAAGCAGCAUCCCGGACGUGUAACCGUGUCCGAGAUUGGGAAAACGUUCGAGGGUCGAUCGAUAAAGGCCAUCACUAUUCGCUCGCCAUCCGAUAAAUCCAGACAUCGUAACGCUUCGCAACCGGUCGUCUUCCUUGAUGCGGGCAUACACGCACGGGAAUGGGUAGCACCGGCAACGGCCAUGUACGUCGUUCACGAGCUGGUUGAGAAUGCCGCCCAGCACAAGGAUCUACUCGAGGGACUCACGUGGACCAUCGUUCCACUAGUGAAUCCGGACGGCUACGAGUACAGUCACGAGCAGGAACGGCUUUGGCGCAAGACCCGACGCCCGUCCGGUGCGCGUUGCUUCGGCAUCGAUGGUAACCGAAACUUUGAUUUCCACUGGUCCGAGGUUGGCUCCUCCGAUAGUCCGUGCUCGGACACGUUCCACGGUGAACACUCGUUCUCGGAGCCGGAGACGCAAGCCAUCCGCGACGAGCUGCUGAAGCUCAAGGGCAGCUGCAAGUUCUACCUGUCGUUGCACUCGUACGGCGAGUACCUGCUGUAUCCGUGGGGGUGGACAUCGGAUCUACCACAGGGCUGGGAAGCCAUCGAAGAAGUGGCCCAAGUGGGAGCUAAAGCCAUCCAAGACGCCACCGGAACGCACUACCGCGUCGGCAGCUCGACCAACGUGCUGUACGCCGCGGCCGGAGGUAGCGACGACUAUGCAUUCGCUGUGGCCGAUGUUCCUAUCUCGAUCACGAUGGAACUGCCCGGUGGAGGACCCGCCGGAUUUAACCCACCACCGAGCCGAAUCGAAGAAAUCGUAAAGGAAUCGUUCGUCGGUAUACGAGCGAUGGCGCUGGAAGUUUCGAAAAAUUACUCGUAAAGUCCCUGUAAUCGGGUCGAGGAUGUUAGUAAG